AUGGAUGUUCUUCCGAGCGGUAACCUAUUCCGCGAGCUGCAAGACGUGACGGACACCGGCUAUUUCGAAUGGAAGCUGUCCUUAGAGGACUACUGGCAACAGCCUAAACCGACAAUGUUCUUAACCUCUGUUGGGAAUUCGGUGAUGGCCCAGAAGUUCACGCAAAAUUCUAAUCCGCUGGUGCCGCAGUUUGUCGCUGAGCGCUGUACGUCCGCCGCGAUUUACUACUACGGGACUUGCUUACGCCACGAC